AUCCGCUCGAAAUCCCCCAAAACUCCACAGAGGUCACGCCGCCGCUCCGACCACCGCCGCCGGCAUCCCUUCCUCGAUGGAACCUCAGCAAGAGUCGACCGCCGCCGGCCGCAAGCGGCGUCGGAGAGGAGGAGCCGGGAAACGCCAGAAGGCUUCCUCUUCCGCACAGCAGGCUCCUCCGCCCGCCUCUCCAUCGGAUGGGCCUUCCCAACCGGAGAAGCGGCAUCGCAAGGCCGGCGAGGCUGCCGCCAUACCCAAGGGACGCAAGCCUACGAGCCUCCUCGAAAAGAUGCGCGCAAGGUUAGCUGGAGGUCAUUUCAGAAUGUUAAACGAGAAACUUUACACUUGCAGUGGACAGGAUGCGUUUGACUACUUUAAGAGCGAGCCCAAGCUUUUUGAUGUGUAUCAUGCAGGAUAUCAAGAGCAGAUGUCACAAUGGCCAGAGAAGCCAGUCAAUGUAAUAAUCAAUUGGUUGAAGAGUCAUAAUAAAUCAUGGACAGUUGCUGAUUUUGGAUGUGGCAAUGCAGCAGUUGCUAAAAACGUGAAGAACAAGGUCUUCUCCAUUGAUCUUGUUUCAGACGACCCUUCGGUGAUAUCUUGUGAUAUGGCUCAUACCCCUUUGGAGCCUUCCUCUGUGGAUGUUGCAAUAUUUUGUCUGUCUUUGAUGGGAACCAACUUUCCGAGUUACCUACAGGAAGCGAAUAGAGUCCUCAAGCCAAGUGGUUGGCUUCUUAUUGCGGAAGUGAGGAGUAGGCUAGACCCAAACACCGGAGGUGCUGAUCCUGAUAAGUUUGCUGAAGCCAUCAGCCAGCUUGGUUUUUCCCUUGUUUCAAAGGAUAUGAACAACAAAAUGUUCGUCCUGUUUUAUUUCAAGAAAAAGGAAAAGAGCAAGGUGGUGGAAAACAUUGAUUGGCCCCAGUUGAAACCUUGCUUAUACAAACGGCGAUGAUCUCAUGUCCUCCAACAGCUAUAGUCGCACUAGACCUCUUCCAAAGUCUGUAUUAGCCUUCUGUAUGUCGGGCGUUUUGGCUCCUAUUUCUUUUACCUUUCUGCAGCUGUAUGUUUUUCUUUUGCGUAUAAGACCUCACCGGACAGGACCUAGUGGCUUGCGCUAGGCGCUGUGAACCAGGCAGUGUAAAGGUUAAUACAGUUCACAAUCUCCCUGUCUUUCCCAGGCCAUGUAAGCUCAAGAUCUGCUUGUGAAAUUUCUGAGCUAUUAUUAUGUAUGCUAA